CUUGAGUCUCGACUAAAGGAACAAGGCCCUCUUGAGUCAAUUGCCUAGAGGGACGUAUCCUUCUCUAGAACAAUUGAUCAAGGCGUUCUGAACUAGACUCCCUCUAUCGAAAGAGGUUCUCAAUCGAUACAAAGCAGUGAAUCAACCCUCGACUAAAGCAAUCGAUCCACUACUAUCAAUCUAUGGUGCUCUAUUGACCUAAUCAGGUAUUCCCUCUCAUAGAAUCAAAGCAGAAUCAAUAAUCUCGACUAAAGCAGAAUUGAAUCAUGAAAACAUGCAUAGAUUGAAUAUGAACUCAAGAUUAUCCAGUCAGAGUACUCAUACAAUCAUCCAAUCAAACAAACAUAGCUAGGGUUCCUCAAAACCUAAGUGAAGGGAAGUUACUCCAUAGAGAAGAGAGAGACUGCAGUAAGAAUCUUCAGAUGAUCAGUCUUCAAGUCUGGGCUUGUUCCUCGAGCUUCCAAGGCGAAGAAAUCCUCCUUCUCUACUCCAAGAAUGCCCUCAAAUCGCCCUCUCUCUCUAGGGUUCGUCCCUUGGGUGUUUGGGAUCCAAAACCCAGCUCUCCUUCUUCUUUGGUUCGGAAUUUGGCUUAAAACCAGGAAAUCCCGACUCGCGCGGCCAGGGUGCACGGCCGUGCACAUCACCAUUCUGGCCGUGCACCUCAAAACGCGGCGUAUCAAUUAGUUGAACCUCAGCCAACUCGCACGGCCAGAAUUGUAUGUUGCACGGCCGUGCAGAUUUCACUUGUGCCCGUGCGUGCCCACGCACAAUCCCGCACGGCCAAACUGGUCACUUGCACGGCCGUGCGUGGCCACGCUGGUCUGCCCGUGCAGCUUGCUCAGCCUCUGUUUAAUGCUUCGUUUCUCCCUCGUCCGGACUCCGAAUCAAUCGCCGUUUGAUCCCAGACGCUCGUAUUCUCGUCCUCUUUCGUUUCAUAACAAGCUUGCAUGAUUCUUUGUCCAUAAAGUGAGGUAGAAAUCCAUUCUUCUUCAGGUCAUGCCCGAGUUUCUUCUCUCGAAUCGUCAAUUGAUCUCUGAUUGACUUGAAACUUGCGCCUAUGCUUCACUUUAUGUGCUAGGACCUGAAAUGGGACAAAGGAACACAACCUAGCAUAAAAUAGGCCAAAGACGCAAUAAUUCAAGCUCAAACAAUCAAGAAACAAAGGGGAAAACAUGUGCAAAUACCGAGUCAUCAGGAAGAUAUUACGAUUAUAUCCGAUCGACAUGCGGGGAUAAGGAAUGCUGUUGGUGGUUUUCCCGACGAGUGGGGGUGGAGAUGGAGAUGGUGUAUUCGGCACUGGCUCGCCAAUUUCCAACACAAAUUUGGGAAGAAGAAAGACAUCAAAAAUCUACUUUGGAAUGCAGGUACUCAUGUUUUUCUUAUGCGAUUUAAGUUUGUGUUUAUUAAGCUGAUGAGCUGAUGUUAUUCAUCAUGUAUUGACCAGUUAGUCUUUUGUUCACCUUUUAGCGGUUGCACAUCAACCAAAAAAGUACGAGCAGAUCAUGAAAACGAUCCGUCAGACCCACCGAGCUGGAGCAGUAUGGGCUGAAGGUCAAGAGUUGCCCAUGUGGACGUUCCAUAUGGACAACGGGGCUAGAUGGGGCAUUGCAACUACCAACCAUGGAGAAAGUAUAAAUAAUGUGUACAAGGGUCUUCGAGCGAUGCCUAUUUCUGUCAUCGUGGAAAUGUCUUAUUGGAAGGUCAACGAGUGGCGAGUUGCUCGGCUACAGCUAGCUAUAGGGAGGGAGUUGCAAGGUCAUUCAAUAGCACAUGACGUAUUCGCUCAAAUGCAGAAGAACGAUGAAAAAUCAAGUAAGCAUAAGGUUGUUCUUUUUAACCGCAGUGAAGGAAUAUUCGCUGUCGAAACAGGUAUAUGGGGUGGAGGGAGACGUGGUCACAAUCGUCAAACGGUCAAAUUGCACUACGAAUUAGGGGAGUGUUCUUGUCAAAAGUAUCAGAACGAAAGGAUACCCUGUUCACAUGCAAUGGCGGUUGCUAAGUCAAUAACCAUGAACAGAAACAGCCUGGUGAGUCCUUACUACACUGAACAAGCGAUACGGAACUCAUAUAAUGCAGCUUUGAGCCCCAUGCCAGAUGAAGCGUAUUGGCCUAUAUACGCUGGAAAGUUGAUUAUCCCACCGUUGCACCUAAAACGCACCAAAGGCCGUCCUAGAGUUGAAAGGAUACACAAUGAGAUGGAUCAAGUUGAACGGACGAGAAGGGGACCGAAGCGAUGCUCUAAGUGCAGACAACCUGGUCACGACAAGAGGCGUUGCCCAGGACAACCAUCAACUUAAUUUGCAUUUACUUGUAUUCUGCUACUAAAUUGAUAGCUUGUUUAAUUUUUAAUUAACGUUUGCAUUUGAA